AGGACAACACCAACUUGUACAUGGUGCUGGACUUUGUCAGUGGUGGUGAAAUGUUCUCCUAUCUUCGAAGAGUUGGAAAGUUCAGCGAGGAUGAUGCGAAAUUUUACGCCAGUCAGGUGGUUCUAGCCUUUGAGUAUCUGCACGCAUUAGACCUGGUUUAUCGGGACCUUAAACCAGAAAACCUGCUCAUUGAUGGUACGGGAUACCUAAAAGUUACCGAUUUUGGAUUUGCUAAGCGGAUCAAGGGGCGAACAUGGACGCUGUGUGGCACUCCGGAAUAUCUGGCACCGGAAAUCAUUCUAAGCAAGGGUUACAACAAAGCGGUUGACUGGUGGGCUCUUGGAGUGCUAAUCUACGAAAUGGCUUGUGGAUAUCCUCCCUUCUUUGCUGAUCAACCGAUCCAAAUUUAUGAGAAAAUUGUUGCAGGCAAGGUACGCUUUCCUGGGCACGUGAGUAGUGAACUGAAAAACUUGCUCAAACAGCUAUUGCAAACAGACUUGACAAAGCGGUUUGGAAAUCUGAAGGACGGCGUCAAUGACAUCAAAUGCCACAAUUGGUUCGCUUCAGUCAACUGGGUUGCAAUCUACCGCAAAGAGCUUUCUUCUCCCUAUAUUCCACCAUGCCAAGGACCGGGGGAUGCCAGCAAUUUUGACGAAUACGAAGAAGAGCCUAUAAAGAUUACGAAUACGAACUACUGUGCAAAGGAAUUUGCAGAUUUCUAACGUUGCUUUUGUCAGGCAAUUCUUUCCUGCUUGCAUAUAUUGCUGUCGGGUUGUAAUCCAAAUCGCAAGCUUGUCGCAGUUGGCAACGCAAAAUGGC